AUGACGGCACGAAUGGAUUUCACAGACCGGGCCCAAAAGGCCGUAGAAGAUGCCAUGUCCUUGGCGGAACAAUACGCACACUCGCAACUUGUUCCUGUCCACCUGGCUGUCUCGCUGCUGGAACCUCCCAUCGACCAGUCUAAAGAUCAGCAGAAUGCCCCUCCUGGCGCCAUCGUGACCCUGUUCCGCCAAGUUAUUGAGAGAGCUCAUGGCGACUCUCAACUUUUUGACCGAGCGCUGAAGAAGCUUUUGGUUCGUCUGCCGAGCCAAGAUCCUCCUCCAGAGCAAGUCUCUCUUUCGCCACAAUUUCACGCCGUAUUACGAAAGGCCAUGGAAUUGCAAAAGGUGCAAAAAGAUACCUACAUCGGUGUCGAUCAUCUCAUCACUGCCCUUGCCGAUGAGCCCAGCAUUCAAGCCGCCCUCAAGGAGGCCAAUAUCCCGAAACCAAAAUUGGUCCAAGACGCUGUUCAGGCCAUCCGAGGCACAAAACGCGUCGACUCCAAGACUGCCGACACCGAACAAGAGAACGAGAACCUCGCGAAAUUCACCAUUGACCUGACUGCUUUGGCUCGCGACAAAAAGGUUGACCCCGUCAUUGGCAGAGAAGAAGAGAUUCGACGAGUCAUCCGCAUUCUGUCUCGCCGUACUAAGAACAACCCGGUUCUCAUUGGUGAGCCAGGUGUGGGAAAGACAACGGUUGUUGAGGGUCUUGCUCAACGAAUCGUUAUUCGAGAUGUUCCCGACAACCUGAAGAAUUGCAAACUGCUCUCCCUUGACGUCGGUGCGCUCGUUGCGGGCUCCAAGUUCCGCGGCGAAUUCGAAGAGAGAAUGAAGGGCGUCCUGAAGGAAAUUGAGGCGUCCAAGGAAAUGAUUGUUCUCUUUGUCGACGAAAUUCACCUUCUCAUGGGUGCCGGUUCCUCCGGAGAAGGUGGAAUGGAUGCUGCCAAUCUUCUCAAGCCCAUGCUGGCUCGUGGUCAGUUGCACUGCAUUGGCGCUACCACGCUUGCCGAAUACCGAAAGUAUAUCGAAAAGGACGCUGCCUUUGAGCGUCGUUUCCAGCAGGUUCUCGUCAAGGAGCCUUCCAUCCCUGAGACCGUUUCCAUCCUCCGUGGUCUCAAGGAGAAAUAUGAUCGUCACCACCGCGUCACUAUCAAAGACAACGCCCUAGUUGCCGCCGCCAACUUAGCCGCUCGAUAUUUGACCACCCGUCGACUGCCUGACUCGGCCAUCGAUCUGGUCGAUGAGGCUGCUGCCGCUGUGCAAGUUGCACGCGAAUCUCGACCCGAAGUUAUUGAUUCUAACGAGCGCAAAUUGAGCCAACUCAUGAUCGAAAUCGCCGCUCUCGAGAAGGAGCACGAUGAAGCAUCGCAGAGUCGUCUCGCUCAGGCAAAGAAGGAAGCCAAGAAUGUCGAGGAAGAACUUGUUCCACUUCGCGAAAAGUAUCAAAAUGAACUUAAGCGGAGCGAGGACAUUCACAACGCCAAGGUCAAGCUCGACGAUUUGGAGAAGCGCUUGGAAGAUGCUAUGAACAACUCAGAACACGCCAAAGCCGCCGAUCUUAAAUAUGGAGCCAUCCCCGACCAGAAAGAAGUUAUCAAGAGACUCGAGCAGAAGAAGGCUGCCGCUGAUGCCGCUCUCAACGAAACCAACGUCGACGCCGGCGGUUCCAUGGUUACUGACACCGUGGACGCUGAUCAGAUCAAUGAGAUUGUCGCGCGCUGGACCGGCAUCCCCGUAACACGACUCCGCACUUCUGAAAAGGAGAAGCUCAUCCACAUGGAGAAGGCUCUGAGCAAGGUUGUGGUCGGCCAGAAGGAGGCUGUACAGUCUGUCGCCAACGCCAUCAGACUGCAGCGCUCGGGUCUAUCCAAUCCCAACCAGCCCCCCAGUUUCCUCUUCUGCGGUCCUUCGGGUACCGGCAAGACUCUUCUGACCAAGGCCCUCGCCGAGUUCCUCUUCGACGAUAGCCGCGCCAUGAUCCGCUUCGACAUGUCCGAGUACCAGGAGCGCCACUCGCUCAGCCGCAUGAUUGGUGCGCCGCCCGGCUACGUCGGCCACGACGCGGGCGGUCAGCUCACGGAAGCGCUCCGACGCAAGCCCUUUUCCAUCCUCCUCUUUGAUGAGGUUGAAAAGGCGGCUAAGGAAAUUCUCACUGUCAUGCUGCAGCUCAUGGAUGACGGCCGCAUCACGGACGGGCAGGGUCGCGUCGUCGACGCCAGGAACUGUAUCGUCGUUAUGACGUCCAACCUGGGCGCAGAGUUUCUCACGCGUCCUGGCGCCAAGGAAGGCAAGAUCGACACGGCCACCAGGGAGCUUGUUAUGGGCGCGUUGCGCAACUACUUCCUCCCAGAGUUCCUGAACCGCAUUAACUCGGUCGUCAUCUUCAAUCGCCUCACUCGUCGUGAGAUUCGCAACAUUGUCGAUCUUCGCAUCAUGGAAAUCCAGAAGCGGUUGCAUGACAACGGUCGCAACGUCACAAUUGACGUCUCUGAGGAAGCCAAGGACUACCUCGGCAACGCAGGCUAUUCGCCCGCCUAUGGCGCUCGACCCCUCGCUCGUCUCAUUGAGCAGGAGGUCCUCAACAAGCUCGCCAUCCUCAUUCUCCGCAACAACAUCCGCGAUAAGGAGACGGCGCGCGUGGAACUCGAAGACGGCAGAAUCGUUGUGCUUUCAAAUCACCCCGACAGCGAUACUGGUGAGGACGAGGAGAUGAUGGACGAGGAAGAUGCCGUCGAUGAGCUGGAAAUGGAUGACGAAGAUUUUUACGAUUAA